AAAAAUGAUUUCUUGAAACAGUCGGAGGGGAUGCCUUGAGUUAUUGCAGAAGCUAGAGAGAGAGAGUGUGUGUGUCUGCGUGUGUCAAAGAAAAGUCUUCUCUUUCACACCUUUCGUUUUCUCGAAACCUCUUUAAAGAAGAUGGUGGUGGAAUCUUGGGUUUGACAACUCAUUACCAGCCCCCUUUCUCUCUCUUAAGCUUCCUCCAAGCAUCCACCAAGUUAAAGAAGCAAUCUUUUCGUCUUCAAGCUUAACAAAGACAACUUCUUUUUUGGAGAAUGGGGUUCGACAUGGAGGAGAUAGAAGGAACCAACAGAGCAGCCGUAGAGAGUUGUCAUAGAGUUCUUAACCUCUUACAUCAACAAGAUCAUGGGAGUAGUUUAGUGUCUGAAACUAGAGAAGCUGUGUCUAGGUUCAAUAGAGUUGGGAGUCUGUUAAGCAAAAGCGUGGGUCAUGCCAGGUUUAGAAGAGCCAAUAAGAAGCCUCUGACUCAUUUGUCUCAAGCCAUCUUCCUUGAUCCUUGUCUUCUCCAAACAACUCAACUUCCAGAAUCAUCUCAGAAACUCCGGUCUGGUUUCCAUGAACUGAGCUUGAGACCCAAUGAUUCUCUCACUUUAGGGACCCGGUCUUUCAGUUUAAAAGCCCCUCCUCUCUUUCAGCUUAACCAACAACAGCAGCAGCAGCAGUUGCAUGAACGGUUGCAGGCUCACCAUCUACAUCAGCAGCAGCAACAAAGACAUCAUCAAGCUGAGAUUAUGCUAAGGAAGUGCAGUGGAGGGAUAAGUCUGAGCUUCGAUAACUCGAGCUGUACACCAACCAUGUCAUCCACUAGGUCCUUUGUUUCAUCGCUUAGCAUAGAUGGUAGCGUGGCCAAUGCAGAAGGGAGAAACUCCUCUCAUUUGGUAGGUGAUCAGAGUUUAUUACCACACUCCAAGAGAAAAUGCCUCUUGAAAGGAGACGAACAUGGAAGCUCUAGCCGAUGCCACUGCUCUAAGAAGAGGAAACACAGGGUUAGGAGAUCGAUCAGAGUGCCUGCUAUAAGCAACAAGGUUGCAGACAUACCUCCUGAUGAUUACUCGUGGCGAAAGUAUGGUCAGAAACCCAUCAAGGGCUCUCCUUAUCCCAGUGGUGUGUUGAAAAUUGCAGGGGAUAUUACAAGUGCAGUAGCAUGAGAGGUUGUCCAGCGAGGAAGCACGUAGAGAGAUGUGUGGAAGAUCCGGCAAUGCUUAUUGUUACUUACGAAGCAGAGCAUAGCCACCCGAAACUGCCGUCUCAAGCCGUAACAACAUAACUUUCAUUGAUCCUGUGUGCGCAAUGAUGAUAUAGAUGGACGUUGAAUCUGCUCCAAUAUUGUGUGUGAUAAAAUGAUGGGCUCGUAGUUGGGGUGUGGAGAGGGUUUGGUUUAAGGGGUAAACGUAGGAUUUGUCAAGACUUUUGUUCUUCUUAUUUCUAUCAAGUGUAAUGCUCUUAGUGCUUCGCAAUUUUUCUUAA